GCCUCGCCGCCGUGGCGGUGGCGAUGGCGCUGUCGCUGGGCGAAGGCGGCGGCGGGAGCCGGCUGCGGCGGCAGCUGGAGUCGGGGGGCUUCGUGGCGGCGGAGUACGUGAAGCAGCUGUCGCAGCAGUCGGACGGCGACCGGGACCUGCAGGAGCACCGGCAGCGCAUCCAGGCGCUGAGCGAGGAGACGGCGCAGAGCCUCAAGCGAAACGUCUACCAGAACUACCGGCAGUUCAUCGAGACGGCGCGCGAGAUCAGCUACCUGGAGAGCGAGAUGUACCAGCUCAGCCACAUCCUCACCGAGCAGAAGGGCAUCAUGGAGGCCGUCACCCAGGCCCUGCUCCUCCAGGCCGACCGCGACGACCCGGCCCUGGGCGCCCGCCGCGCCGCCGCCGCCGACCCCUUCCUGCCCCUCUCGGCCAAGGAGGCCGCGGCCAGUGAGGAGGGGCGGCAGCGCACCCUCACCACCCUCCUGGAGAAGGUGGAGGGCUGCCGCGACCUGCUGCCCGAGAGCCCUGGCAAGUACCUGGUGUACAACGGCGACCUGCUGGAGUACGACGCCGACCACAUGGCGCAGAUCCAGCGGGUGCACGCCUUCCUCAUGAACGACUGCCUGCUCGUGGCCACGGCCCUGCCCAACCGCCGCGGUGCCUACCGCUACGACGCCCUGUACCCCCUCGACGGCCUCGCUGUGGUCAAUGUCAAGGACAACCCACCCAUGAAGGACAUGUUCAAGUUGCUCAUGUUCCCUGAGAGCCGCAUCUUCCAGGCUGAGAAUGCCAAGAUCAAGAAGGAGUGGCUGGAGGUGCUGGAGGAGACCAAGCGCAACCGGGCCCUCAGCGAGAAGCGCCGCCUGGAGCAGGAGGCCCUGCCCCGGCCCGCCCCAACACCUCCUGAAUCCACCAACCCCUUCGAGGAGGAUGAGGAGGAGGAUGAGGAGCCCCCUGCGGAGGAGGAGACGGUUGACCUCUCGCUUGAGUGGAUUCAGGAGCUUCCUGAGGACCUGGAUGUCUGCAUCGCUCAGAGGGACUUUGAGGGAGCAGUGGACCUCUUGGAUAAGCUCAACGAGUACCUGGGGGACAAGCCUGUGAGCCCACCCGUGAAGGAGCUGCGGGCCAAGGUGGAUGAGCGGGUCCGGCAGCUCACGGAUGUACUGGUGUUUGAGCUGUCUCCGGACCGCUCGCUGCGAGGAGGGCCACGGGCCACCCGCCGGGCAGUGUCCCAGCUUAUUCGCUUGGGCCAGUCCACCAAGGCCUGUGAGCUCUUCCUGAAGAACCGGGCAGCUGCUGUGCACACAGCCAUCCGACAGCUGCGUAUCGAAGGUGCCACGCUACUCUACAUCCACAAACUCUGCCACGUCUUUUUCACCAGCCUCCUGGAAACGGCCAGAGAGUUUGAAACAGACUUUGCUGGCAACAACGGCUGCUACUCUGCCUUCGUUGUGUGGGCCCGUUCUUCCAUGAGGAUGUUUGUGGAUGCCUUCAGUAAGCAGGUAUUCGACAGUAAAGAGAGCUUGUCGACUGCAGCAGAGUGUGUGAAGGUAGCUAAAGAGCACUGCAAGCAGCUCAGUGAGAUUGGACUGGACCUUACCUUCGUCAUUCAUGCCCUUCUGGUAAAGGAUAUCAAAGGUGCUUUGCAGAGCUAUAAGGAUAUCAUCAUUGAGGCCACUAAGCAUCGCAACUCUGAAGAGAUGUGGAGAAGGAUGAACCUAAUGACUCCAGAGGCUCUGGGAAAACUUAGAGAGGAGAUGAGAAGCUGUGGGGUAGGCAAUUUUGACCAAUACACUGGUGAUGACUGCUGGGUCAACCUUAGCUAUACUGUGGUAGCUUUCACUAAGCAGACUAUGGCCUUCUUGGAGGAAGCAUUAAAGCUUUACUUUCCAGAGCUGCAUAUGGUUCUUCUGGAGAGUCUUGUGGAAAUCAUCCUUGUGGCUGUCCAGCAUGUUGAUUACAGUUUACGAUGUGAACAGGACCCUGAGAAGAAAGCAUUCAUUAGGCAGAAUGCAUCCUUCCUUUAUGAAACUGUCCUUCCUGUUGUGGAAAAAAGAUUUGAGGAAGGAGUUGGAAAGCCAGCCAAGCAGCUACAGGAUCUGAGAAAUGCUUCAAGACUGAUGCGUGUAAAUCCAGAAAGUACCACCUCUGUGGUGUGAAGUGAUCUAACUGUUCCCGUGGACAGAGCAUGAAAGCACUUACUGAAAAUGUUGUAUGUUGAAAUAAGAACUAAAUGUUUUCUGAGUCCCUGAAAAACAUGGAAGUCUGACUGCAACCUACCUGAAGCUGAAGACUUAAAAUCAAAGCCUGCAGUGAUGAAAAGUCUUUUUUUUUCUUUCUUUUUUUUUUUUAAGAUUGAAGUCACAUGUCCUUGAACAGCUUAUCCUUUAAGAAUGGUUUGUAUAGUGUUUGUGACUUGGGAAAUAACAUAAUAUACAAUUUUUGGCCAAAUAAAAUGUUUAUGAAAGUCUUAAAUAUAUGAACACCAUACAGCAGGAAAAGAUCACUUCUAUGAAUUCUUUUUUAAAGUAGUAUUCUUGCAGAAGGGGAAGUGCUGAAACACUCCCAGGGUGUGGUAUUCAGUGAAGCCUGUCCACCGUCCAGAUAUGACUCAGCACUACGGAUAAACAAAAUGGAUUUGUACAGUCUGAUUUGUUUGGCAGUGAUGCAGGCUCUUUAGUUUCUCUGACAUACAAAAACUUUUUGUUCACUUCAAAGACAAAUCUAAAUUAAAAAUCAUUUUGAGUAAGUAUUUGUGUUCGGAUGAAGGGGCUUCUUGUUCUCUUUAAUAAGCUGACCUGUCAGCUUAAGUUGCACCUCUCUGAAGACAAAAUUUCUGUUGUCGGAAACACUUGGUCCCUUCAGAGAAGAAGUAAGAAUAAUUUUAUUCCCUUUGCGUUCCCCUUCCUUUUUUUUUUUUUUUCUUAUAGAAUUCAUUGGAGUCAAGGCCAAUAAGUGGAGUAUGCUCUCUUGCUUGAGGCACUGUCAUAAAUGCAUUAUAGGUCACUGGUAGAAACUAUAGUCAGGAUGCAUAUAUGCUCCUGAGAAGUGCAAAGCAAGGAGAGGGUUUUAAUCAAGGUACUCUUUUUUUCUGGAAAAAACGGCAUUCUAGUUCUGCUGUGCAGAAGCAAAACAGGAGAAAGAGUCUAGAAGUAAUGCUCUUCAGAAAUGACACAGUCUUGAAAAUAUACACUCUAACUCUCCUGAGCAUAUUUGUGUUAUUCCCUGUAAUACAGCAAUAACUAAAAAGAGCUAUUCUUAUUACAGAAGACUUGAGUACUGUAUUUGGUUGAGAACGGUAAUGACGAUGUAUUUCAAAGCUAAAAUAGCAGUGUUCUCCCACAUUUAAGUGUGCUUCAGCCCUGUGUUUGGGAGAUUUACAACGAGAUUUACACCUGGAUUAUUCAAGACCUACUUUGUGGCUUGAGUGCCAGGUGAGGGUCAUUUGUGCAAAUGCCUGUUUGCUUGGAUGAAUAGUGAUGGCUGCCUCAUUCAGUAGAUAUCUCUGAAAAUAAAAUAAGCCAAAUCCUAUGUGGAGACUGUCUUCAGAAGGCUAUUGGCGUUAUCUUCCAAGCUGCUUAAACCUCUACUUUAGCACAGACCUUAGCUGUGAGAAAAUGAUGUUGCAAUUAAUAACCUUGUAUUAGACUCUUAAGCGAUCUUAACUGGAGUAACUGAAUAUUCUAUUCCUCUUAUCUCUUUAAAUGAAAGGUUUUGCAAUUUGUAUCUUGGUAAUGAAUGCCCCAUGACUGCAUGAACAAACAAAAGUUAAAACUAGUAAAAAUUCUUGGUAGCUGCUUAUUUUGGAGCCUCUUCAUUUUUCUGUAUUUUCAUGCUUCUAGUUGACUGCAGGUUUAUUUUCACCUUAAUGGCUAUUUUUCAUCCUCUUGAUCUUCGGAUGUCUUUUGAGUUGUCAGAUUUUACAAAGCAUCCUACUGUGUCUAUUCAUUUGUUCUCCCAUGUUUGGGUGUUUUGCUAGCAAAUCACAGGGAAAAAAAUAAGGUGUUUCUAGAGGGUAGCUCAGUGCUCUUGGUUAAAUUGAUCAAAAACCACUGAAAUAGCUAUUGCUUUUAUCUUAAAUUACAGUGAUGGUGAGAGUUAGUACUUGUGUGAACGUUACCUCUAAGAGAGAGCCACCUGGGUGUUAUUUCACUAGUGAGUUACCUUUGAUACCAGAACCUAGUGAAGUAUAUUGAAGUACUAUAUUCUAUCUCAUCUGUUUAAAGUAGGCAAAGGUAGCAACCAGGCCUUACUUAACCUAAGAGAUGUUUUCAAGUGGAUUGUAAGUGAGAGUGCUCCAUGAUGAUGGCUAUUUUAGAGGAAAGGGAAAAGGGAGACUGUUUUUCCCUGAAGAAAAAUAUAUUUUGUUGUUUGCUUUACAGCAAAAGAAAGCAUCUUUACUUGUAAUCACAGAACAAAUACAGACGAGCCUUACCUUUUUUUCUUUGUCUUCUUUUUUGCUGUGCAAGAGAAACAUAACCUGUGGAACUACUUUUCAAGGCUCUGAUUAUUUGUUAUGUUUGAGAAUUCUGUGUAAGAAGCUGAAGUAUAGAUUCCUGAUUCCCAGCACUGGCAUGUGAUUGAAUAGGAGGAGAGCUCUGUUCCGGCUUCAGUUACAAGCUGGUAAAGCACAUCUUAUUCUUAUCAGUUCAGUGGAUGAAAUGUAGAAUAUAAUUCUGCCAUGCACAGUGUUACGUCUUUAUCAUCACACUCUUCUUCAGUCUAUUUAGGACAUGUCUGUCCUCCUGAUUUGUCUCUACCAUCAUCUGUGGAGCAAUUGACUUACAUGGAACUUGAUUUCAAUGGAUCAGAAAAUCUGGCCUUUCAUGUAGGUGAUGAAGUUGUGUUUACAUGCCUGUUGCACAUUCACAAGGGUUUCUGAAUUUUAUAAACUGCUGUAGGUAGCAUUGAUAUUUUGUAACUUGUGAAUUUAUUUAAGUCAUAAUUAAAGGAAAACAAUGUUUUAAGGCAAAUGGUGUGUAAUUAAAUUAAACACAUUGUAUGCUAAUUGUUAUCAGAUAAAGUCAUCAUAUGCUGAAAGUUAUUUUUUAAUAAAUUUCAGAUCCAUAGACUGCAAUUUGGAAUGGCACUUUUCUUUUCCUGAGCUGUACACUUAUGGAGAUUGUUCAAGUUGGGGUUUGUGGGAACUACUGAAUAAUACGUUAGCAAUUUUGUUGAUUUGGGGAAGUGCUAGUUGUAUUUUUGCUAGCGUAUUUUCUUCACUUUAAGAGAACUACAUAUAAAAUCUGUUUUCCUUUAGCUGCUGUGACAAAAUUGUGAUGUGUAAAAUGAAGAUUUUUUAAUUUAGAUGAAUUUAUGUAUCAGAAUUUAAUGCAAUAACUUUUCUGAAUGGCAAGGAACAUAUAUUAAAA